AUGACCAAGCGCGUUCGCUUUGUCCACUUUAACGACGUCUAUCGCAUCGGUCCCAAGGACACGGAGCCUGUCGGUGGGGCAGCUCGCUUUGUUCGAGCCAUCCAUGAUAAAGCCCCGGAUGCCCUCGUUGUAUUCAGUGGCGACUGUUUCAACCCAUCACUGCUUUCCUCAGCCACCAAGGGUGCGCAUAUGGUUCCCGUUUUGAACAAGUGUAACAUUGUGGCGGCCACGUACGGCAACCAUGACCUCGACUUUGGCGAAGACACGCUCAUCAAGCUUUCCAACGACUGCAAUUUUCCCUGGCUUCUGGCCAACAUGCACCACGCCGAUGGAUCGUGCAUCGGCACCGCCAAAAACCACCUGAUCCACGAGCACAAUGACCUCCGAAUCGGCUUUUUUGGCCUCGGCGAAGAAGAAUGGGUGGGCACGCUCCCCGAUCCGCCAGAGAACAUGGUCUACCGCGACUUUAUCGAGGUGGCCCACGAACAAGUCAAAUUUUUGAAGGAGCAAAAGUGCGAUUUGAUUGUGGCCAUUACCCACAUGCGUUUACCCAAUGACCAACGUCUAGCCGAUAGUGUUCCCGGGCUGGAUCUGGUCUUUGGCGGUCAUGACCAUUUCUACAAGCAAGAGCAGCACGGGGAUUGCUUCGUCUCCAAGUCGGGAACCGACUUUCAGGAGUUUACCAUCCUCGAAGCCGAGCGAGGCGCUGGCGGUGAGCGCUGGCAGGUCAAGUCUGAGCGCAUCGAGGUCGUUGGCUCCAUGCCGCAAGACAGUGAAAUGGAAAAGCUUGUCGAGGACAUGGAAGCCCACAUCUCUGAAACCCUCGACAAGGUUGUGGGCUACACCGAGACGGACUGGGACGUCCGUGCUGAAGCCGUUCGCACCAAGGAAUCCAACGUGGGUAACUUUUUUGCGGGUGUGAUGCGCCUGCGUUACGGUGCUGAACUUGGCUUGCUGUGCGGUGGGACGCUGCGCUCCGACACGGUCUACGAGGCUGGGCCAAUCACUGCUCGCGACAUCAACACGAUACUGCCUUUUCAGGACCCAUGCGUGGUGCUUUCCAUUACUGGGCAGCAGCUUUUGGAAGCAUUGGAAAAUGGUGUCAGCAAGUAUCCAGCGCACGACGGGCGGUUUCCCCAGAUCUCGGGCUUUCGGUUCACAUUUGAUCCAGCCAUGCCACCCAUGGAGCGCGUCGUGGAGGUUUUGGUGGGCGAAGAGCACGAGGAGCUUGAUCUCAACCGCACGUACCGUCUGGCCACCCGCUAUUACCUGGCCACGGGCCACGAUGGCUAUGACAUUUUGCAAAAGUGCCCCGAAAUUCUGGAUCACGAACUGGGCUCUCUCCUCUCCACCAUUGUAAUCUCGGCUCUGAAGGAGGUCACUGUGGUCAAACGCUGGAAGGAGCGACACUCCAUGCUGCGAGGCGCCAUUGCUGCAUGGAAGGGUAUUCGGCCCUGGACGCAACGGCGACCCGAGCAAGAGGGUUGCAUCGUGUGCCCGCGUCCCGAUGGACGCAUCCAGACGGUUGAGCAAAGGAGCAACUCGGUCCCACCCGAGAAGCGUACGCGGUAUUCUGUUUCGUAUGCCUACGGCGUGGAGGUUGGCAGCCCGCAGGUGGACCAUCCCCUCUCAUCUCACUAA